UCAAAUGUCACAGUUGUCAGAAAUUGACCUUCGGGCUCGGUUUUUUAAUAAAUAUUUUGGAAUAUUGGAAAUGUUAAAUUUGAUUGCACAGUGAUUUUGCACUCCAGUUAUAAUAGUAAAGUAACCAUGACCCAACAAAAUCAAGUUAACGUCGAUAUCGAGGAAGAAGAAAGCGAUGAGGUGACACCAAGAACCAAUGUGUUGCACAGACUGGAUUCUAGACCUUCGAUUCCUAAUAGAAAUAAUAUAGGGCUUGGUGAUCGACUCAAUAGUGUAUUCAGAGAGAUACGACCGCUGGUUGAAAAUGCUAGAAUGGGAAAUAAUGCCAGAUUAUCAUUACCAACAUGGCUACCAAGAAAUCCACCAGGUACCCACCAGAUAAUAGAAGUUGGACUGCGUAGGCCUCAAAGUUCCAUAGCACACGUGAAUCUUGGACCAAGUGCUCAGACCUUUAUUGUGACUGACAGAGGAACUUCUCCAGCACAGAGAUCACAAUCAACAAGUCACGCAUUGAGUGCAAGUGCAUCAAAUGAUUCCAACUUGUCAGAGCAAGCACCAGAAAAUGCAGAGAUUAAUGUGUCAGUAAAUCCUGCCAAUAAUAAUAAUAUUCACGAUAAUACAGACAAUGACAGUCAGAGUGAAGAUGGAAAUCCACAGAUUGUCGAUGUACGUGGCACACUGAAUCUGUUAAUACGCUAUGCACCAUUCUACUUAAUUCUAUUAAUGAAGUUUAUGUAUGAAAGUAGAGAGGGCAUAUUCACAUUCACAAUACUAUUUUGCACUUUCGUACACAGCAACUGUCUAGUAAGGCGAGAGCAUGCUAAGCAAAUGAACCGAAGCAUCUUGGCUCUGUUUGGAGAGUUGAUGUUCACAUUAUGUCUCAUAGCCAUUGUGUAUCUGUUAUUCGGUCACGGGAAGCUCUUACAGAAUGUUAUUAUGUUCCCUCAGUACACAGAGCUUGGGGUGUGGGAACUAAUAUGGUUGGUUGUACUGACCGAUCUGAUAGUUAAGAUCAUAACUGUGGAUGUGAAGAUUGUUGUGACGAUGAUGCCAGCUUGCUUACUGCCAUUCCAGAAAAGGGGUAAAGUAUAUCUUUUCACUGAAGCUGUCUCCCAACUGUACCGUUGCUUCCUUACGAUACAACCCUGGGUGUUCUACUUGAUGCAAUCAUACGAAGGCUCCGAAAAGAUGGUUGGAAUGUUCCUUACUUCGGUCUACGUUAUCGCCAAGGUGGUAGAAAUACUGACAAAGCUGAGGCUCUUUAAAAAUGCUACUUGGACUCUGCUGCAGAGUGUGAACUUAGGCACCAAACCGACCUGCGAGCAGCUACUGUCGGCCGGCGACUCCUGCCCGAUAUGCCACGACGACUACACGACCCCGGUGCGGCUGGGCUGCAGCCACAUCUUCUGCGAGCUCUGCAUAUCGGCCUGGCUGGACAGAGAGCAUACCUGCCCAUUGUGCCGCGCCAAAGUGGCCGACGAGCCGACUUGGCGAGACGGCUCCACCACAUACGACUUUCAGCUGUAUUAGUAUUUAUCCCUUAGGUUUUAAAGCUCAUAUUUGUUCGUUAUAGGGAUAAGUGUAAAUGUGUCAAUCUAUCUGUAUUUAUAUCUUUCGUUUAUUGUGAUUAGUUUUUAUUACUCUUGAUUUAAGGUUGAUUUUUCAAAAAUCAAAUUAUAGUCAGAUAGACGUUAUAAGCUGGCCGAAUAUAAUAGUGUUGUAAUUCUUGAUUAGUUCGUGUUGUAUGAAUAACUCUUAUCUAAUUAUUGACAACAACCUUCGCCCGUUUAAUAGCGACAACAAAGAUUAGAUAGAACCAGUUUGUGAAGAUUGGACUGUAUUUUUUUUAAAUAUUCUUAGCCAGUUUGUCGCUAGUAUUUCUGAUAUGGCGCAUUUGUACAAAUAAAAAAAAAUAUAUAAAAAUAUUUGUGGUUAUCGAACACACUUUUUCUGUAAUAAAAGCUUUUUCUGUAAUAGAAAAUACGAAACAGGAAUACAAGAAUCUGGUAGUAAGAGUUCGUGUUUUAUGUCUGCCAGAUACAUAGAUGUUGAUUAAUGUCAUCCAUAGUUUAAAUGUCGAUAAGUGUUAUAAUAUUUUAGUUUUACGGAAAGCUUGAAUCCAGUUCCGUCUGUUUGUUAGCAAGCUUUAAGCUCCCGAGAGGAGAUAAGAUAAAAUUAUUACACACGGUCAAAUCUUGUAGGGCGGUGUCGAUGAUUGAUAUGAAUUUAUUAAAAAUACAAUAAAAAAAUAGCGUUAGAUAGGUGUUGUGAAAAAAGUAGAAAAAUUAAAUCAAGUGUUUUUAAAUUAAAAAUGGUGUAAAUACAAAAGAAGAGUGAAUGUCUUGUUGGCCCAGAAUUGUAUAAACAUUUAUUGAACUUUAAUAUAUUCUAUUUUAUUUUCGAUUUAGGCCGCAUUUUGAAGGCGAAAUGUGAGUGAGAGACGAUUAGAAAGAAAAGCAUGUUUUAUACAAGUUCCAAGGGAAUCUAUCCCGAAGCGAAUGCGGUAAUGUUACAGAAAGUUGACACGAACAUUCGCGCGUCGCACGAGUCCAUGGACGCUGUCAAGUGAUUUUUGUGCAUUGCGUGCUGGACGAACAGUGUGCUUAGUGCAAGUUUUUUAACGUUCUCGAUAGAGUAAAAGUUAACUCAAAUUUAUAUGGAGUCGGAACGUUUGCCUACGU